AUGGCCGCGGGUAAGAAGACGAAGGCCAAAGACAAGGGCAAGGCCGCCAACAAGCAAAAGGUUAAGAAGGGCAAGACUCCAGAGAAUGCAGACCAGACAACUACAUCUGACACUCCUGCACCUGGCAGCCCCGAACUUCUGGCGCAGGAUUCUGAAGGAAAGGAUCAACCUUCUGUCGACUCAGCCUCUGGUGACCUGCCUACACCACUGCCUGUAUCGGCCUACGAGGUAACCGACGACACUACUGCACCGCAAGAGAUCUCGGGUGCUGCCGAUAGCCAAGAAGCACCUGGUUCUGACAAGCCUGCAUCCCCGCUGCCUGUCUCAGCCUAUGAGGUGUUUGACGACGACGCCGCGCCCCAAGACACUUCAGCCCCUGCCGCAGAUCCCGCCUCAUCUGAGGUAGAGAAGCCUGCAUCACCGUUGCCUGUAUCGGCAUACGAAGUGUUCGACGACGACACUGCCCCACAGGACACCUCGGCUACUGCCGAGAGCCAAGAAGCUCCUGCUGUUGACAAACCUGCAUCUCCGUUGCCUGAAUCAGCCCACGAGGUCAUUGACGAAAAUAACACCCCUGAAGACAGCCCCGCUGCUGCCCCAGAUCCAUCAUCAACCUUGGCUGAGGAGCUAGAGCCUCCCGUUCCCGUAUCGAACGACGUCCCAGGUGACCUUGCCGAGCCCCAAGGUGCUCUAGAUACUGCCGCAGAACAACCACCAACUACAACCGAGGAGUUCCCCGAGGUAGUCACUGAGCCCGUUGAGGAACCUCCACACUUGGAAGAACCAGCCCCCGAACUGUCUCAAGUCGAGGAGACCGAGCCCCAAGUGUCUGUGGAAGAACCAAGUCCAACUGCUCCUCAAGUUGAAGAGACUGGGCACAAGGAGCCCACAGACGAAGCGAGUCUCGCCCAGCCUCAGGUAGAGGAGACUGAGCCCAAAGACCCGGCGGAAGAGCCAAGCCUUGUCCAGUCUCAUCUCGAAGAAACUGAGCUCAAGGAGCUCGCGGAAGAACCAAGCCUCGCCCAACCCCAAGUCGAAGAGACUGAGACAAAGGAGCCCGUGGACGAAGCAAGUAUCAUUCAUCCUCCAACAAACGACUCUGAAGCCAAGGAGCUGUCAGACGACCAACCACACCUGCACCAAAACACAAGUCAGGGCGACCAACCGGAACCAAUUCAGGAUACGACUGUGGCCCCGUCAACCCCCGCAGACCCUUUCUCUCCUGUAGCUGCCUGCGUGCCAUUGCCGUCACCUUCUUUGGAAGAGGCACAGUAUAUGACCAGCGCUUCUCCGGACAACCAGGCAUAUCAACAUCCAGCAUCUCAGUACUCCCCUUACGCUUCACCCGUCCCCUACUCUGCACCGUAUCCUUACGGCUCGCAGAACCCCUACGCUUCAUCAGUACCGUACGCUGGUUCGCCGUACGGCUCACCCAAUCCCUACUCUGUACCACUCCCAGAGUCGCCUGUCCCACACGGUUCGGGUUCACCUUACGCUGGUUCGCCAGUUCCUUACACAUCGCCGAACUCUUACAACCCUGCUGCGGCCUACGCCGGAUCCCCGGUUCCAUACAGCCUGCCCGGGCCAUACAACCCAACCCCAUCUUACGCCGGCUCUCCAGUCCCUUAUUCAUUACCUGCGCCAUACGCCAGCUCUCCUUACGCCUCGCCAGUACCUUACACUUCUUCACCUGUACCGAAGGUUAGCAGCCCGCUUGCGCGGUCUCAUUAUCCCCAAAUGUCUCCGACAAUGUCCCCCACCGCAACACCUCCGCCUCAGAUGCCAUCAAUGAGCCCCAUGGCCCCUCCACCGCCACCUUCCACUGCACCGAGUGUUCCGACUGCUGUGAACUCUCCAGUCAUGAGCUCAGCCGGUAUGAUGCCGCCCUAUGGGUCGUAUUCUCCCCGGUACUCUCCAGAGGCCCACCAAAUGCACCGGAGCUACAGCAUCGCGGACCCAGCAUAUGCGGCGUCGUACCAAGCCCUCCAGAACCUAGGAUUGAAUGGCCAGAUCCCCGAGAAUGGACUGGCGUCUCCCCCUGACGCUGACAGUGAGCACAUUGAGCUCCUCCACCGAAUCCAAUCGGCUAUCCCGGACAUCAACCGCCUUCUUCAUGGAUUCCGUAACACCCACAGCAAGCUCUCAAACCGUGAGGCUGAGAUGAAACAAAUUGGAAGCCAGCAUGAACAAGCCUUGAUGCACAAGGAAUUUUACAUUGAAGCUCUUCAGACUCAAAUGAAGAAGACGGCCAGUGAAAGUGCAGCAGAUGCCGCGCAAUUGAAAAACACCGUCAACGAGCUUCGUCUUGAGCUGGGUAAUCUCCAAGAGAAGCAAAAGGACCUCGAAGAUGGCAUUGCCGUUCACCAAAAGUCCAACGAAGAACUCACUCAGUCGAAAUCCGAACUUGAGGGUCAGAUUAACGAAUUAAACGACAGCAUCAAGGCCGCCCAAGAGGCCCACGAGAAAGAACUCGAGACCCAGAAAGAAGAGCAAGAGAAGGCACUUAAUGCACAGAAGCAAGAACUUACCGAACUCUUCGAGGAGAUCAAGGCCGAAGACGAGAAAAUCGCCACUGAGAACCUCCAGGCUCGCGAGAAAGAACUUCUCGACGAACACGAAGCCAACAAAGGCGAAUGGGAAAAGGAGAAAUCAGAGAUGCAAGCUGCAUUCGAGACCCAGCGUGCCGAGCUGGAGACUAGCAAAGAAGAGCUUGCAUCCAAAAUCACUGCCCUAGAAGCCGAAUUGGAAGCUAAAAUUGCCGAGCUUAACUCAGCCCGCGAAGAGGUAGCCGCCAAGCUCGCUGAGUUGGAAGAGGCGCGAAAAGAGCUUGAGGAAGCUGGCAAGAAGCAUGGCGAGGAGCUCGGACUGGCCAAGGAUGGCCAUGCAAGCGAGUUGGACGCGCUGCGAAAGUCUCACGAUGAAACAAUCGCAGCCGCUGCUAGAGCCCUUGACGACAAGAUCGCGACCCUAGAAGCAACGCUCAACGAUAAGGAGGAACGCUGGUCCGCCGAGCGUGGUGACCUCGAGAAGCAGCUCUCCGAGAAGGAUGUUGAGCUUUCUAGCGCCGAACGCGAGAAGGAAAGACUAGAAGGCGACGGAAUCGUUAAGGAACAACACCUUCAACGUGCUGUUGAUGGCAUGAAGUUGACCAUCGACAACCUUGGCUCAGACUGCGACAGACUGAGGAAGACACUACUCAGCCUAGGCGAGGCCACCGACCUUCGAAACACCAAAGGCGAUCAAUUCUUCAUGGACAGCUUCACAGAGCUCUCGCGAUUGAUCCACGACCUUUCCAAGGAGCAUUUCGGCUACCUUCCCAUCGACCCUCCCAAGGACAUUCUUUCCAAGAUCCCCUCGGAGCUCCCACCCUUCCUCGACAACACCCCGGCCUCCCGCGAGCUUCGCUGCGUCUACAUCCAGCACGUUGUGUCAAAAACAAUCACAUACCGUGUGUUCCAGCCCUUCCUCUUCACCCUCGGCCGCCGCUACGACAAGGCCGACACCUUCUUCCAAAUGUUGUCCAUGGAUAUUCGCAAGAAAUCCGUCCGCCGCGAAGCCUUCUGGAGACAACAAACCCUCAAAGCCGCAUACACCACCUCCGACGCCAAACAAUCCAUCAACGUCGCAGCCGCAGUCAUCGUCGAUGAAAUCAUCGACCACAUCAAGCACUUCGCCGACCCCAAGCACCUCGACUCCCUUCUAACCAGCGUCCGAAAGAUCGUCAAGCUCGCCGCGGAAACCUGGCGCCACGCUCGCGUCGAGCGCGAGCUCGUUCUAGCUACCUUCCCCGCCCCAGAUGCAGACACUGUCUCCAACGAGGGCUGGCUCGAGUACCCCGCCAACAAGGAGCAAAAGAGCGGAAGCGGAGAGCCUACUCGCCACGUUGUGUUGCGCACUUUCCCGCGCAUCAUCCGUGAGGCUGCGCACGAAGACUUUGUCACUGGAGAAGAGAGGGCGAAUACCUGUAUCUAUGCACCGGGUGUUGUGCUGUACUCGGAUUCGCCUGUCAUUAUGGAUAGGUUGCAGGAAUUCGCUAAGAAGUCGCCUGGUGGUCUGGACAGCCCGACAUCGCCAACUAAGCCUUCCAACAGACCUAUUGAGAAGCUGGCACCGCUGAAUGUUUCGUCACCUCGUGUUGUGACUGUUCGAUCGGCGCCUACGAGUCCGGGACCUAAGGCCCCCAUUACGAGGGCAUGA